AUGGAGAACUAUAGGCAAAAGGAAGUCGGAUUAGACAACGAUGCACCAGCUGGCAAGUCCUCAACCACAACCUCCAUCUGGACUUACCCUAUUCUAAGCGCCAUUACGUAUACAGGUCCAGAAGACUUUGUAGUCACAAUACAAUCAAAAGCAUCCCAAGUAUCCCAACAAAUAGCUAAAGCUCUAGCCCAACGUCCCGAAGUUGUCGUAACCGCUAAAGGCGUCGCUAUGAACAAGGCCGUCACUGUGGUUGAAAUGCUCAAGCGAACAUUGAAUAUUAUUGUCGUGACGGAGAUUGAUACCUGUAAAGCUACGGAUGUUUGGGAGUCUGUUAGUGGGGAUUUGGAUAGGAUGCAUGUGGUGAGAAAUACACCGAGGAUACGAUUACGGGUCACGAAAGCAACUUGA